UUUCAGUGUGGUAGCAGAGAAAACUAGUCCAAACCUGAGGACAUCGUCAAUAGAAAGACAUCAGUACAGUGCCAUGAGCUCACUGACAGAUGCGGCAACAACAGAAGUUAUUUCUACACUGAAAUCUCUACCAGUUAUAAAAACUUCAGGAAUAGAAAUUUCGUCGACAAGGGGAGAAACAACGGAAUUUGAAAAUUUUUAUGUGAGUGAGAAAAUGAAAGAGAUCACCAAAAGCUCAAAAAUGUCAACUUCGGAAUCAACCUCAACAACAAUAACUUCAAAAGAGAACUUGGAAAAAACUAUGACAUCCAUAGGAAUUUCGAUAGAAAUAACUACAAAUGAUUCUGAGGGAAUGGAGGAAUAUACUAAAGAACCGGAAAUUUCAAUGUCGAAACUAGCUUCAACAGAAUCAACUUCAAAUGACUCUGAGAAAAUUGAAGAACCCAUCAGAAAAUUGAAAAUUUCGACAUCAUCCCAGAGCACUGCAGCAAAAAUAACUUUAAAUGAAACCGAGGAAACUGAAGAAACCACCAAAGUAUUGAAUGUUUUGACUCCCGAACCAACUUCAUCAGAGUCCACUUUGAAUGAAACUGGACAAAUAGAAUUCACCAAAACAACGAUAACUUCAACGAACAAAACAAAUUUCACGAAAUUGUUUUCAACACAAUAUGAGGAAAUGAAAGAAUAUACAGAAGAAUCGAAAAUAUUGAUAUCCGAAGUCACAUCAACAGAACUGAAUUCGAAUGGGGGAAUAGAAUUUACUGAAAAGGCAAUAAUAUCGAUGACCAAAGAAUUAACAUCAAACAAUGAUGAGAUAAUGAAAGAAUCCACUGGAGAAUUUAAGACGUUGAUGUCAACCCAAACUACUUCAACAGAAAUAACUUCUGAUGGCACUGAAGGAAUUGAAGAGUCCACACAAAUAUCAAACAUUUCUGAAACAACUUCAGAGGAGUCAAUUUCGAAAGAAAGUGAGGAAAUUGAAUUUACUAAAAAAUUAAUCACUUCCAUAGAACCCAUUUCAAAUGAAUUUAAGGGAAUAGAAGAACAUAAUGAAGAAACGAAAAUUUCAAAAUCCAAAGAAACCGUUACAGAAUCUGAGGAAAUGGAAAAAUCCAUUGAAACAUCUAUGAUUCCAAUUUUCCGAACAACUUCAACAGAAUUAACUUCAAAUGAGACUGAAGAACUGGAGGAAUCAACCGAAGGAUAUGACAUUUCGAUCUCAUUCAAAACCAUUUCAGCCCAGUCAACUUCAAAUACAACUGAGAAAUUGGAAGAAUAUAUUAAGAAGUCAAAUAUUUCGACUCCUGAAGUGACUUCAGCAAAGUUAAUUUCAAAACAAACCCCAGAAAUAGCAUCCACUGAAAAAUCGAUUAUUUCGACAUUCAAAGCAUUUUCAACUGAAUCAACUUCAGGCGAAUCUAAGGAAGCGAAAGAAACCAAAGAAUCAACUCCAAUAGAAUUACAUUCAACUGGAAGUGAGCAAAUGGAACAACUCACUAAGGAAUAUGUAAUUUCGACUCGAUAUGAAGGAACUGCCGAAGAGUUCACUCCAAAUGAAAUUGAGCGAAUAGAAUUCACUGAAAAAUCGAUGUUCAAAACAACUUCAACUGAAUUAACUUCAAAUAUGACUCAGAAAGUGGAAGAAUCCGCAGAAUCUGAAGUUUCAACUACAUCUAGAGCAACUUUAAAAGAGUUCGCUCUAAAUGGAACUGAGGAAAUAGAAUCCACCGAAAAACCGAUAAUACAAACAUCCGAAUCAACUUUCACAGAAUUGUUUCCACUGAACUCCGAGGAAAUGAACGAACGUACUGAAGAAGUUUUGAUAUUUGAAGCAACGUCAACAGAAUUAAUUUCAAAUGAGGUCGAGAAAAUGAAAGAAUUCACUGAAAAGUCUCAAAUUUUGACGUCGUCAAAGGUAACUUCAGUUGAAUUAACUUCAAGUCAAACUGAUGAAGUGGAAUCAACAAUAUCAAUGCCCAAAGCAACUGCAACAGAAUCAACUACAAAUAAGACUGUAAAAAUGAAAGAACCUACCAUAAAAUCAAAAAUUUCGAUGGCCUUACAUACUACUUCAGCGAUAGAAACUUCAAAUGAAAUUCAAGAAAUUGAGCAGUCCACCGAAAAGUUAAAUAUUUCGAUUUCUGAAGCUUCCUCAGCGGAGUCAAUUUCUGGAGAAACUAAGGAAAUGAAAGAGUCUACUGAAAAAUCCAUGAUUUCAAUUUAUGAAGCAACUUCAACAGAAUUAACUUCAAAUGAAUCUGGAGAAGAAAUGGAAAAAUAUACUAAAAAACUGAAAUUUUCGACAUUGAAACCAACUUCAAUAGAAUUAACUUCAAAUGAGACUAAGGAAAUUGAAGAAAUCACUAGAGAUUUUAAAAUUUGGACAGCUGAACUAACCUCAAAGCAAACUGAAGAAAUUGAAAAAUCAACUCAACAUGAGUUUACUUCAACGAGAAAAUCCACAAAAGAAUGGGAAAUUUUGACGUCUGAAGAAACUUUUUCAGAAUCAACUUCGAAUGAGAUCGAGAAAGUGGGAAGAACUACAGCAUCCUAUGCAACUAUGGCGAAACCUACUUCAGUUUCUCAAGAAAUGUUCACAGAAUUAUAUUCAACUGAGUCUGUGGAAACACAGAAAUAUAUUGAAGAAUCAAAAAUGUUGAAAUCUGAAGUAACGUCAAUAGAAUCGAAUUCCAAAUCCGAAACUCCAACGGAGUCAAUAAAAACACCCUCCUCCAAAGAAAUUUCGACAAUAUCUGAAAUGAAUGAAUCAGAAAUUUCAGAAGGAGGAACGAAACCAACGAAAGAUUUGGAAAAACUUCUUUCUCAAAUCAAUGCUACAAAACAUCAAGAAGUGACAGAGUACGAUGAAAAUGACGUCCAGUUCAUAGUAGUCACGGCAUUACCAGAAUAUCAGGACUAUGGUUCGGAAAACGAAACUUCACAAAAAACUUCGCGAGCAGAAGAAACUGAACAUUAUUUGGUGACUAAUUUAAGUUCCCUCUCUAUUGAACGUGAAACAUUUUCAACCUCCGAAACUAGUUCUCAAUUUCCCACAAUAGAGAAUAAUACCUUCGAAAUAAUAUACAGCCCUCCGCCGAAUACAUUUUUCACCACAGAAAUCAGUUCCAAAAUUAUAUCAAUUGGCAAUACAACCCAUGAGAAGAUAUUCAGUUCAUCAAAGAAAACAGCACUAUCAGAAGAAACUGAACACUUUUCAGAAGCUAGUUCAGGGAUAGUUUCAAUACCUACUGAACAUGAAACAUUUUCAACUCACGAAACUAACCCUCACAUUACCACAAUGGAGAAUACGACUGUCAAAGCAAUGUACAGCCUGACAGAGAAAACAUUAGAAGGGGUGGAAACCGAACAUAAUACUCCAAUAAGUACUGAAUCAUCUUUGGGUACUAGUACAUAUGAAACUAGUUCUUAUAUUCCAGCAAUAAGUAAUAUAACUCAUGAGAAAAUGUUCAGCUCUUCUGAGAAACCGUCAGUAUUAGAAGAAACUGAACAUUUUGCAGUAGUUAGUUUAGAGUCCGCUUCAAUUUCUACUGAACAGGAAAUAUUUUCAACUUCUGAAAGUAGCUCUCGGGGUUCCGCAGUGAAGAAUGUGACCCUCGAAACAAUGUAUAGACCUACGCAGGAAACAGGGGAAAAAGAAACUGACCAAGUUACUUUAUUGAGUAUCAAAUCGGUUUUGGGUAGUAGUAGAUAUAAUAUGUUAUCCACCACAGAAACUAGUUCUCAUAUUUCUGCAAUUGACAAUGCAACUUAUGGGGAAAAAUACAGCUCUCCAAAUAAAUCAUCGAUAUUGGAAGAAACUGAAUAUUUUUCUGCAGCUAGUUCAAUAUCUACCGAACAUGAAAUAUUUUCAACUUCCGAAACGAUUUCUCAAAUUCCUAAAGAAGAAAAUGUAACUGUCACAUUGACAUACAACCCUCCACAGAAAAUAUCAAUUGCAGAAGAAACUGAACACAUUCCAUCAAUGAGUACAGAAUCAGCUUCAGAUCAUANCUCAACCGAGCAAAAACUAUUCACAACAUCUGAAACUAGCUCUCAGAUUCUUACAGAAGUGAAUGUGACUUCGAAGGCUAUGAACAUCUCUGAAACCGGACAUAUUGCCCCCACAAGUAUCGAGUCAACUUCAAUCCUCAGUAGAUAUGAAAUAUUGGCCACUACAGAAAAUAUUUCACAAAGUUCUACAGUAGGUGAAACAACUUCUGAGAAAAUAUACACUCCUCCACAAAAAACACCAUCAUCCGAAGAAACAGGUUUCCAAAUUCCUUCGGUAGAUAAUAUAACUCUGGAAACAUCAGUAUCAGAAGAAACUAAAAAUUUCUCGGUGGUUAGUUCAGAAUCAAGUUCAAUUCCUUCUGAGCAUGGAAUAUUUCCAAAAUCUAAAGCUACAUCUCAAAUUCCUAAAGAAGUAAAUGUGACUUUGGAGUUAUUCUACGGUCAUCAACAGAAAACAUCACUUGCAAAUGGAACUGAACACAUUCCAUCAAUGAGUACAGAAUCAGCUUCAGAUCAUAGUAGAUAUGACAUGCUGUCCACCACAGAAACCAGUUCUCAAAUUUCAGAAAUUGGCAGUGCAACUUAUGUGGAAAUGUACAGAUCUUCACAAAAAACAUCAGUAUCAGAUGAAACUGAACAUUUUUCAUCAGUUGGUUCUGAUUCAUAUUCAGUCACUACUGAACAUAAAAUGUUUCCUACAUCUGAAACAAGAUUCCCAACUUCUUCUUCAGAUCUGAAUGUAACUCUAAAAUCAAUAUACAGCCCUCCACAGAACGAAUCAGAAAAAACUGAAUUUUUCCCAGAGUCUACUCCAAUCUCCACGGUACAAGAAAAACUCACAACAACCGAAACGAACGCUGAAAUUCCUACAAAGGUAAAUGUGACUUCGGAAGCAAUGUACGGCCCUUCUGUGGAAAUAUAUAGUUCUUCACAGAAAACAUCUUUAUCGAAUGAAACCGAAUAUAUUCCAUCAACUGGUUCAGAGUUCACUUCAAUUUCUACAAAACAUGAAAUAUUUGUAACUACCGGAAGGAGCUCCCAAAUUCCUUCAGAAGAGAACAUGACGUCCGAAACCUCACUAUCAGAAGAAACUGAAUAUUUCUCAGUAGCUAGUUCAGAAUCAAGUUUAAUAUCUACGGAGAAUGAAAUAUUUUCAACUUCCGAAACAAUCUCUCAAAUUCCUGAAAAAGUAAAUUUAACUCUCACAAUGAUAUACAGCCCUCUACAGAAAAUAUCAAUCGCUGAAGAAACUGAACACAUUCCUUCAAUGAGUACAGAAUCGACUUCAGGGCAUGGUAGAUAUGAAAUGAUGUCCACCACAAACACCAGUUCUCAAAUUUCUGCAAUUGGUAAUGCAACUUUUAAGGAAAUGUACAACCUUCCACACAAAACAUCUGUUUUGGAAGAAAUUGAACAUUUUUCAAAAGCUAGUUCAGAAACAAGUUCCAUUUCUACUGAAUAUAAAAUGUAUCCAACACCCGAAACUAUCUCUCAAACUCAGUCAGUAGAGAAUGUGACCCUCGAAGCAAUGCACAUGCCUACACAGAAAAGUACCCAGUCAUCUUUGGGUAGAGGUAUAUUUGAAAUGUUCUCCAAAACUAGUUCUCAUAUUCCAGCAGUGAGCAAUAUAACUCAUGAGAAAAUGUAUAGCUCUUCAAAGAAACCGUCAGUAUCAGAAGAAACUGAACAUUUUGCAGUAGUUAGUUUAGAGUCAGGUUCAAUUUCUACUGAACAUGAAAUAUUUUCAACCUCUGAAACCAGCUCUCAGAGUUCCGCAGUGGAGAAUGUUACCCUCGAAACAAUGUAUAGACUUACGCAGGAAACAUGGGGAAGAGAAUCUGAUCAUGUUACUUUGUCGAGUAUCGAAUCGUUUUUGGGUAGUAGUAGGUAUGAAAUGUUGUCCACCACAGAAACUAGUUCUCAAAUUUCUGCAGUUGGUAAUGCAACUUACGAGGAAAUGUACAGCUCUUCAGAAAAAACAUCGAUAUUAGAAGAAACUGAACAUUUUCCAGUAGCCAGUUCAGAGCCAAGUUCAAUUUUUACCGAGAAUCAAAUAUUUUCAGUGUCAGAAACUAGCACUGAAAGUUUCACAGUAAAAAAUGUGACUGUCGAAGCGACGUAUAGCCCAACGCCAAAAAUAUUCGAAGGAGAAGAAACUGAACAUGUUGGUAGAUAUGAAAUUUUAUCCACCACCGAAACCAGUUCUCAAACUCCUGCAGUUGUCAAUGCAACAUAUGGGGAAAUCCGCGGGUCUUCAAAGAAAAUAUCAAUGCCUGAAGAAACUGGACAGUUUCCACUAGCAAGUUCCAUUUCUACUGAACAUGAAAUAUUUUCAAUAUUCGAAACUAGCUCUCAAAGUUCCUCAAUAGAAAACGUAACCGUUGAAUCAUUGUUCCGCCCUGGACAGAAAACAUUGGAUGAAGAAAAAAAAGAAAAUGUUACUUUAAUGACUGCCGAAUUAUCUUUGGGCAGUAGUAGAUACGAAAAAUUACCCACCAUAGAAACCUAUUCACAAACUUCAGCGGUCGGCAAUACAACUCUUGGAGAAAUGUACAGCUCUUCAAAGAAAACAUCGAUAUUACAAGAAACUGAAUAUUCAUCAGUAGCUAACUCAGAGUCAAGUUCAAUUUCUACUGGACAUGGAAUAUUUUCAACAUCCAAAAGUAGUUCUCAAAUUUCCACAGCACUGAAUGUGACCAUCGAAGCAAUGUUUAGCCCUACACAGAAAACAUUACCAGAAGGAACUGAAUAUGUUACUUCAAUAAGUACCGAAUUAUCUUUGGGGAGUGGUAGACACCAAAUUUCAUCCACCACAGAAACCGGUUCUCAAAUUUCAGCGGUUGGCAAUGCAACUUUUAAGGAAAUGUACAGCUCUUCACAGAAAAUACCAGUAACAGAAGAAGAUAAAUAUUUUUCAGUAGCUAGUUCAGAGUUAAGUUCAAUUUCUACUGAAAAUGGAAUGUUUUCAACCACCGAAACUAUCUCUCUACCCCAGGAAACAUUGGUAUCGGAAGAAAUAGAACAUUUUUCAGAGUCAAUUUCAAUGUCUACUGAACAAGAACUGUUUACAACAACCGAAAUGAGUUCUCGAAUUUCUACAGAGGUGAAUGCGACUUUGGAAGCAAUGCACAACCCCGAGCAGAAAACAUCAGUGACAAAAGGAACUGAGAUUAUUGUUCCAACAAGUAUCGAAUCAACUUCAGUGUUUGGUAGAUAUGAAAUAUCAUCCACUAUAGAAGAUAGUUCGCACUUUUCUACAGUGGGUAAUGCAACUUCUGAGGAAAUAAACAGCUCUCUACAGGAAGCAUCGAUAUCGGAAGAAAACGGACGUAUUUCAUCAACUGGUUCAGAGUUUACUUCAUUGUCAAUAUUAACUACCGAAACAAGCUUCCAAAUUUCUUCAGAAGAGCAUCUAACUCUGGGAAAAUCAGUAACAGAACAAUUAGAACAUUUUUCAUCAGCUAGUUCAGAAUCAAGUUCAAUUUCAACUGAGCAUAAAAUAUUUUCAACUUCUGAAACUAGCUCUCAGAUUCAUGAAGAACUGAAUGUAGCUCAGGAAUUAGGGUACAGCUCUAUUCAGAAAACAUCAAUUGCAAAGGAAACUGAACGUAUUCCCUCAAUAGGUAUCGAAUCAUCUUCGGAUAGUAGUAAAUAUGAAAUAUUUUCCAUCACCGAAACCAGUUCUCAAAUUUCUGCAGUUGAGAAUACAACUUCUGAGGAAAUAUACACCUCUUCACAGAAAACAUCAGUAUCAGAAGAAACUGAACAAUUUUCAUUAACUGAUUAUAAAUCACUCGCUACUAAAUAUAUGUUUCCUAUCUCUGAAAGAAGUUCUCGAAUCCCUACAGAUGUGACUUCGACUUUCGAAGCAAUGUACAGGUCUGGUCACAAAACAUCAGAGGCAGAAGAAAUCAAACUCAUUUCUUCUACUAGUACAGUAACAACUCCAGUCCCAAAUGGAUAUGAAAUAUUGUACAACGCAACAAUCAGUUCGCAAAUUCCCACAUUUGGCAGCGAAACUUCUAAAGAAAUGUACAGCCCUCCACUGGAUACGUCAAAACAUGAGAUGUUUUCAACCUCAGAAACUAGCUUUGAAAUUAUCGCAUUAGAGAAUAUAACUUCCGAAGCAAUGUCCAGCUCUCCAAAGAAUAUAUCGGUCUCAACAGGAACUGAAAACGUCCCAGUAGCUAAUUCAGCUUCAGUUGCUACUGACCAUGAAAUGUUUUCAACCUCCAAAUCGGAUUCUCAAAUUACCAUACCAGUGAAUGUAUCUCUCGAAUCAAUAUAUAGUCCUCCACAGAAAACAGAGGCGGAACGAGUACUUUCAACGAGUACCGAAUCACCUCCAAACCGAAGUAGAUUUGAGAUGUUGUCCAUCACAGAAACUAGUUCUCAAUUCUCGUCAGUCAGCAAUGUUCCUUCUGAGGAAAUGUACAGCCCUCUGAAGGAAACAUCAUUAUCAGAAGAAACUGAACACUUUUCAAUAGCUGGUUCAGAAUCAAUUUCAGUAUUUACUGAACAUCAAAUAAUGACCACCAACAGAACGGACUCUAAAAUUCCUACAAUAGUGAAUAUAAGUCUCGAAGUACAGAGAACAGAAGAAACAGACCAUAUUUCUUCAACAAAUACCGAAUCAACUUUAGGUCGCAGUAGAUAUGAAAUGUUGUCCAUCACAGACACGAAAUAUGGAAUUUCUACCGUCAUCAAUACAUCUUCUACAACUCCUGAGGUAACCUACAGCUCUCCACAGGAAACGUCAGUAUCAGAUGAAACUUUACAUUUUUCACCAAUCAGUAGUUCAGAGACUUCAGUCUCUACUGAAAUGAACUUUCAAGUUCCUACAGGAUUGGCUCACGAGAGAAUGUAUAGCACUUUACAGAAAGUGUCAAGUGCAAAAGAAACUGAACAUGUUCCUUCAAUGAGUACCAAAUUAGGUUCUGGCACAGAAAUCGGUUCCCAAAUUUCUGCAGUGAAAAUUGCAACAUUCAGCGAAACCUACAGCCCUACACAGAAAACACCAGUGUCAGAGGAAACUGCAAGUGAUGUUUCGUAUCAUUCUGAGUCAACAGAAAAAGAACAAUUGUCUCUUACGCGAGGGCUCAAUAAUAUCAAUGAAAGUGAAUCAAUGCAGAAUACACAUGUAACACAUCUUUCGGUUGGUAAAACAUCAGGAAAAGGGAGUAAAAUUACUUCGACAGGGGUUAAUUUGGAAGGCAAACAAUCAGGUGAAUCUAUAUCUCAUGAAUCAAAGUCAUUGUCAUCGUCUUCGAAAACACCAGAAAUAUUUGACACCGAUAAGGCACUCAGUACCAAAAUGGGAAUUCAGACCUUUACCGAAGUCGAAAAUACAUCGUUAAGAAAACACAUUACGAGUCAAAUGACAAAGGAGGCUUCAAUGAAUGAGAAUGCAUCUUCAUACUCUUCAAAAAUGAUCACUUUGUCCAUUCCAAAAACUAUUGCAGAAAAGCAAGUUGAAACAUCUACAAUAAACACUGAAAAGUCGACUAUACAAGUAUAUACAGUGCCCCCAGAAAAAAUGUUUUCUUCCCAUAGUACAAUUUCAUCUGUCGCCACAUCAAAAAUAGAGACACUAGUUAAAUUACCCGAAGAGAUCCGUACAACUGUAAAAGUUGAAGAAGACAUUAAUAAGGGGUCUACACAUAUAACAGAAACAGUAAUUUCUGAGUUUGGAAGAAUUACAGGCACAGCAAUACCAACAGAGAAGUCAAGUUCCAGACUAAGUUCAGUCGAAACAACAGCUGGUUACAGAACAUCGACAGAAAACGAAGCAGUUCUGCGUGUUACUGAUUAUUCUAACGGAACAAGUACACUUGUAGAACCUAGUGAGGAGACUUUUGAAGAAUUUGCUUUCACUAACGUUCAAGAAAAAUCAGAAUUGUGUGAACCUUGUUCCGAAGAAAUAACUACAGAAAAAUUCAAACCAAAAUACACAACGUCUGGUACUUCCGAACUAGAAACGAAAGUACGUCAAAUCUCAGAAGAAACACCUGAUGAGUCAUGGUCUUCUCCACUGUAUUUUAUGAAGUCAAAAGUACCAGAGUUGAGCCUUUCAAUUGAACAAGAUUUCAAAACUUCUGAAACAGAAGUGGAGUCUACCAUAGAAAAUCAAGCGGAAGUUAAAUCAUCAAUCGGAAGAGAUAAAGAAAAUGAAGUAACUCCACAUACAGGAAAGUUGGGAAUAACGUUUGAAGUACCCACUGAACUUAUCACUUCUCCCAAACUAGAAAUGGAGUAUACUGUAGAACAUAAAGAAGAAGUCACAAAAUCUUCGGAAUCGACAAUCAAAACAAGUGGGAAAUUUGAAGUAACUUCUGCCUUAGGACGUCUUACUGAGAGUCGUACAGAAAAUUCUGAUUUAGAAGUAGAGUCAACACAUGAAAGUGAAAUUAUCGUACAUUCUGAAUUUUCUAAAGAAGGUACAGUAACUAAAAGAAUUCUAUUCUCUCAUGAAGCGGAAGAGGCAUUAAAGUCAACCAUUCAGGUGGAACAAGAGUCGCAAGUAGAACAUGGGGAAGAAGUUCCUGAAUUAGCUAAGAUAACAAGUGCUGAGCAAGGAAUAGAACACACUUUUGAAUCUGAAACAGUGCUCUACAAGAUAUCAAAGCCAACCUCUACUAUUGAAAGAAAAAUGGAAGAAACGAGUAUUAAAUCUACUGAUAUCAAUAGAGGAACUACCAAAGUAGGAAUAGAAUCAACCAUCGAACAUGAAGGAAAAACUAUCGAAACAACUGAAUUGAUAACUAGAGAAGGUGCUACACAUUCUAUGAAGCCAGAAGAAACGUCUAAGCCAGAUUUUUUCAUUAAAAAAAAUACAGGAACUCCUGAGAUAGAAGUAAAAUCUACUGUAAAACGUGGCCCAGAAUUCAUCCUCGAACCUAAAACGGAAAUCAUUGAAUCGUCGGAACAGUCGACAACAAAUAAAGCUAAAACCUUGAUUACUGCAUUGGAACAACAGGUAACUUCAUUAAGCACUGAGAUAUCGAAGCCGAUCAUUACUAUCAAUACAGAGGAAUUGAAGAAAGAAAUAUUAAGUUCAACGUUUGAGCAAAAUAUAUCUGAAAGACGCAGUGAAACAAUUGAAAUGAAUGAAGAAUUUUUCAUCGCACAUAAACAGCAAGUUGCAAAAAAAACUGAAAAGGAUACCGAAAUUUCGGAGAUAAAUAUAAAGUCAUUCAUCAAAUAUGAGCAAACAGCAACCGAGACAAUCGGAUCCUCAGUCAAAACUUCACUUUCUCCAAAAUCUCUCAAACCUGCAUAUUCCAUCACUGAUGAUAUGAAAUCUUCUGAGGUAGGAGUAGAGUCUACUAAUAUCGAACUUGAAGAGAUGACCAAAGCAAUUGAUUUACCAAUUGAAAUGGUUGAAAUACCAAUCACGAUAAAUUCAGAAAGAUCUAAAGAAACUGAAUCAGAGAAUCUUGAGGAAAGUGUCAGAAAUGUCGUACUAGAAGUAGAGACUACCGUCCAACCUGAAACCGAAACUUUUAAAUUAUCUGAUCAAUCAACUGAAAAAACUGGUGAAACAAAAAUUACUUCAUAUUUAAAGCAACAUGAAACAUCAAAACAAACUGUUGUUUCGACGCUUGAAGCAAACGAAAUGAGAGAAGACUCUACCGAAGAAAUGAGUGAGAUUCAAACAUUCAAUUCUUCUGAACUCCUGGAACCAAGUAUGGUUUGUGAAGAAUGUUCGGGUACAACCAACAGAACAACGGAACAUAUCAAAAUUUCUGGGACUGAAUUGGAAUCUACAGUCAACCAUAAAGAAAGCGUUUUCGAAAUAAAUGAAUCGUCAGUCGGAGAAGAGGCAGAAAAAAAAGGAACACCCGAGUCAAGAACACCCAUCGAGAAACAUACUGAAACCACACAAGGACAAAUUAAAUCAUUCAAAAAACAUACAGGAAAAGUUACCGUACUGAAAGAAUUUUCAACUGAACAAGGAUCAUCCUAUUUUUCAGCGAUAGAGGAAACGCAAAAGUCAUCUAAAAGACUCCCUGAAACAUCCGAAGCGGAAAAAGAGAAAGUAACAAAAGAAAUUGAAUCUUCAUCUGGUGAGGCUGAAGAAACCAGAGUAAACGCUUCUUCUGGAAAGUCAGGUACAACAAUAUCAAAUAUUUUCACCGAAAAACAUAUCCGAAUCUCUGAAGUAGAAAAAAGAAAAUCAACCAUCAAACAUGAAAAAACAGGAACAACUGAAUCCUCAUUUGUAGAAAAUGAAGUAUUCGAAAAAACUAGAUCUUUCGAAAAAGAAGAAAAGUCUUCUAUUGAACAUAGCUUGGAAGUAACGAAAUCAGUUACAUUUAAAAAUGGUCCGGCGCUUAAAGGUAUCGAAACAAAUGUAGAGUCUAGAGAGGAAGUGAACGAUGGCCAACUUUUUAAUUUUUCUGAAUCCCCAAAAACGAGUAAGAUUUGUGAAGAAUGUUCUGAUGCAACCAAAAAAUCAUCUGAGAGUGAAAAUGAGGUUAUUUCAAACGAUAUAAGUGGAGAAGAAACAACUACCAUGAUAGAACUUGCCGUAUCUAACAAAAAAGAUAAGUCGGCAAAAAUUUCAACAACUUCGGAACAUGCAAAAAAAGUUUCGGCCCUCAAAUCAAAAGUUGAAAUUACGGAGGCAAAGUUGCCAGAAAGCACACAAAGAGUCUCACAUUAUGGAAGGAUAGAUCAAACAUCCGAAUUGAACCAUUCGACUGAAAAGCUCAGUGAAACAUCAGAAAUGGAGGUAAAAUCUUCCAUCGAAUAUAUAGAUAAAGUUACAACAGAAACUUCUUCAUCUGAUAAGAGAAAGGAAACUGAAGAGACUCACCAUUUUGAAUAUUCAGAAAACACAUCCAAAUCAGCUCCUGUUAAUGAAAAUCAAACUACAGCUUCUGAAGCAGUUACGGAAGUAACUGAAUUGACAAAUCAAGAAGGCGUAGAAAUCCAUUAUCAUUCUUUGCAAUCAUCUAAACCUCAACCUACCACUGAAAAAAGUAUCAAAUCUUCUGAAGAAGCAAAGUUAAUCACUAUCGAACAUGAAGAGGAAAUUACCAAGGUGGCUUCGUUGCCGAAUGAAGAAGGCACUGAAGUUUCAUUUACCUCACAGCCAGAAAGAUCAAAGAAAACUGAAUCAGAAAAAUUUGAUGAAAAAGGUACUGGAACUGUCGAACCAGAAGAAACCAUUCUUGAACCUGAAAAAUCAACUAAAAAAAAUGGUGAAAUUAAGAUUUCAUCACAAACGAAACAGCAGGAAACGCCAUUAUCUACUGAGGUUUCGAAAUCAGCUACGCCUCACAUUGAAGGGUCAGUACAAGAAACAGUAAGUUCUAGAUUUGAAGUGAACGGAACAACUAUAGAAUCUACUGAGGAAGUGAAUGAGGUCCAGUUAUUCAACUUUUCUGAAUCCCCAAAAACUUCUGAGUUUUGUGAAGAAUGUUCUAACACAACCAGCAGAUCGACUGAGGCUAAAAAUAAGACUAUUUCGAAACAGAUAAGUAGUGGAGAAAAACCAAUCACUGAGAUGGGUCUUUCAGUAUCUAGUGCAGAAGAAAACUUGAUUUCAACUUCAACAGCGGAAAGUACAAUGAGAGUUUCUCCCAUAUUCACAACGGAAAAUGUGAUAACAAAUAUAGAGUUGCCAGAAAACCCACAGGUAUUCUCCACUAUUAACGGUUCUGGAAACAGAACCGAAGUGAAUACUGAGCAGAUUAUAAGUAAUGAAGAAAAAGUCCAAUUAACUAGUGAAGGAGAAGAGUCUACAUCAUUAACAUAUAUAGAAUUACAUGUAAGGUCGACUAUCGAACAUAAUCCGAAAGACACCGAAAUCUUUUCUACUGUUCGGAGUAGCUCGAAAGUUGAACAAUAUUCCACUGAAGUCCCCAAAACUAGAGUUAGUGUAGCAAUAUUGAAUGAAGAGUUGAAGUCUGAAAAGGUGCCAGACAAGAAGGUAAUACAAACCGAACCUGAAAUAAUAUCAACCGUAUCACAUCAUAUCUCAUUGAAAUCAGAGUAUACUUAUGAGGAAACACAUGAAGAAAAACAAAAACUUACUUCCGUAUCAGAACUACUCACGAACAAAAUGGAUAAAUUAUCAACUGGAGAAAUUCCAACUCUACAUUUGGAAAAUUCCACACUAUCGAAUGAGAUAACUAAUUCCGCUGAGUCUAAAAUAGGAAAAAAACAAACAGAGCAAUCUGUAAUGACGGCAUCUCUUACUUCCGAACAGUUUACCGAAGAAAUACAAGAAGCCCAGCUUUUUCAUUUUUCCGAGAUACUGGCAGGUAGUAGAAGUAUAUGCCAAGAAUGUACAAAUCCGAUAGAGACUUCAGAGAUACAGUCCACUAUCAAGCAAAAAAAUGGACGCACUGAAUUGAUGUUUGACAAAACUUCGAAACCUUCUACUGAGGAAUGGAAAAAAUCUACUGCCGAACAGGAAGAAAAAGUUACUAAAACAGCAGAAUCGAAUAUCUCAGAACAUCCUCAAACUGGAGAGACUCUCCAUUCUGAAAUGUCUGUAUCAAUAUUUUCCACUAAAGAAGGCAUACCAAUUUCUAUAAAAGAAGAAUGGUUUUCUCUUGCUCAAGAAGAAAAAGUAACCGAUAUAUCGAAGUCAAUUACUCAGAAAAUUAGAACAUCUGGAACAUUACCACAUUUUGAGGAGUCAGAGAGAAUGUGGCACUUGAAUUAUUCCACUGAAGAACCUAGCACAACUCCUAAAGAAAAAACCUAUACUAAUGAACAUAAAGAAAAAGUAAACGAAGCGACUGAGCUACCAAACCUGGAAGGUGCAGGAACUGAAAUAACGUCUCAUUUUACAAAGUUUGUAGAAACGACUCAGCCGAGUCCUUUCUCUGAAAAGCGUAUCGAAACUUUUGGGACAGAAUUAGAGCAUAGUACUGAACAUGAAGAAGUCAGUGAAACAACUAAAUCUGCAAUUGGAGAAAGUGAAAAAACUGAAAUAACAUCACAUUAUGGAAUAUCAGAACGAAUACAGGGCACUAGUCUUUCCACAGAAGCACGUAACAAAAUUUCUGGCGUGGAAAUACAGUCCGCUUUCCCACAAAAAGAGAAAGUUACAGAAAGUAUGGAAUCAACAACAGAAGUUGAAAAAACUCCGCAUUUUAAGAUUUAUGAAGUAACAUCGAAAGUAAGCUAUUCUGCUGAAGAGUAUAACCAAACUUCUGGAAUAGGAAUAGAAUCUACUAUCGAAGAGAAAGUUUCCGGAUCAAAAUCGACAAUGGAAGAAGGUAGAGAAACUGAAGUAACAUUUCUUGUCAAAUCAGAGAAAACAUCUGUGUCUGAGUAUUCAACUGAAGAAAUUGAGUCCAGUAUCCAACCUAAAGGAAAAAUUACCAAAGCAACUGAAUCCGAAAAAGAAAAAGGUGUAGAAAUUGAAGGAACUUCAUAUUCUUCAGAAGAAUAUAAUGACACUUCUGAAAUAGGAGUCAAGUCAACUAAUGAACUUGAAAAAAAUAUACCCGAAGAAUCUACCAUUAAACCAGAAAUAUAUACUGAAAGAUCUGUUUCUUCACGUGAAACGGGAGUUGAACUGCCAGUUACUUCGCUGUCAGAAAACUUGGAUCAAACUAAAUCAGGUUUUUUUGUUAAAGAAAUUACUAAUACUGUGGAAUCUACCCUCGAAUCUGGAAAAGAAAUUACCAAAUUAUUUGAACUGCCAAGUGCAAAAAUUUCUGAAACUGAGACUACGUCAAAUUUAGACCAAUAUAAAACAAUGUCGAAGUCAGAUACAACAAAGGUGGGAGAAUUGCUAAGUUCGAUACAGGAGGUAAGCAAAAAUAGCUUGGAAUUUACGAAACAAGUGGAUCAGGCCCAACUUUUUCAUUUUGCUGAAAACCUGAAAACGAGUACGGUUUGCCAAGAAUGUUAUGAAACAUCAACAGAAGGUGGAAACGGAUCUAUUGAAACGUAUUCAAUGCCAACUUUGAAAUCGGCAGUAACAGUUCCUUUUGUAACUGAAGUAAAAGUAUCAGAAAAUACACACUCACGAAUGAGCUCUUCUUUGACCAAGUCCGGAAACAGAACUGAGGAGGUAAUCACUAAGAAUGAAACAAUCGAAGGAACUGGCCACGAAGAGAAGUAUAACAUAUCAACUACGGGAUACAGUAUAAAAGAUAUGUUGAAAACAACCACCGAAGAAUUGGAAUUACAGACUGAAACAAUGCCUGUAGAGAAAGAACAAACCGUCACGUCAAAUGUUUAUUUCAGUGAAGAAACUUCAGUAGGAAGAAUUAUAUCGGUAGUCACAAAUGAAGAAGUGAUAGGAAGCGUUCCUCUAGAAAACAUCACCCUGUCAAGUAGAAUGGGAAAUGCAAUCACUUCUGAACAGGGAAACGAAAAAACAAAACCUUCUGGUUUAACGUCAACCCUUAAUGUCAAAAUUAGUAUUGAAAAUGUGUCACAUCCAACAUAUAUGAGUUCGAAACUUAAGGAGCCCAGUGAAGAAGUAGAUGAGGCACAACUUUUUCACUUUUCUAAAGCUCUAGAAAAUAGAACAAUCUGCCAAGAAUGUUCAAACGCCACUGAGAAAUCGACAGAGAGCCACAAAAAAGUGGUAAGUCACGAAGUGAGUUCAGUAACUCAUGAAAAUGUGACCUUCAGCAAAGAAUCUACAGUAUCUCAUACUCCAGAAGGAACACAAUCGAUGUUGUCAGAAAAAGGACAUGGCGCUGUAACCAUCAGUAGAGAAUCUACUGGAUCUCAUACUUCAGAAGGAACUCAAUCAAAACUGCCAGAGAAAGGACACGGUUCUGAUUUCAACACAACAGGAAUUACCGCAAAAUCAAAACCAGAAGAUUUUCUGCAAACACUUACUGAAUUGUCAGGAUUACACCUCACGAUAACACCUGCAAUGAGUUCUAUUUCAUUACCAGAAGAAGUCCAAGUACUGACAGAACUUGGCAUUCAAGAUGAGCAGUUUAUAAUUAAAACUGCUAUCGAGAAUAUAACGGAAGAAAGUCGUCCUGCAACAAGUGCAACAAGUAUCAAAACUGUCAUAGUUGGACAGAAAACACAUACUACUUCAGGUCCAACUAAAACAGUAGUGGUCAUUGUCAACAACUCGGGUAUGAAAAUGGAAAAAAUCAACGAGUCAGCUUUACAAAACCUCUUGAAUAAGUCCAUAUCGGAAAUUGAUUUGGAAUACAUCGACCUCCACAAUAUAUCGAAAGGAUCUGAAGAAUAUACCAAGUCGGAAGAAUCCGAGGAAGCUGGACAUUUACUAUUGAAGGGGGACGGCAAAACAUGUAAUCAAAGCGAAUUCGAAUCUAAACAAGCCUGCGUCUGUGACGUGGAUGCUUAUUUGACAAGUAUCGAACACCAUCUGGGAGAUAAUUUCAAAAUGGAUGUGAAACAUCACAACUGUACUCAAUUUGUGAGUUUCCGCGAUGGUCUCAUAGUCAACAACUCAACAAAACCCCUCAAACGUAGGAAGAGAAGUCUCUUAUACUUGAGUAAUAAGGAUAGAUCUAAUAAUGUAAUUGAAAGCAAUAACAUCGAUGAAGUUUUUAAUGCUGACUAUGAGCUGCAGGCAACAGGUACAAACAUGAUCGCACUUCCCGGAACUAAAGCCCAUCUGUAUUGCUAUAACAGAGCUGAAGCUCUUUUGGAAGAUGAGGGAGUUAUUUAUUCCUGGGAAUUCAAGAGUGAUAUUUUAAAAAAUGGUGAAAUAAUGCCAUCAAAUGAAAAUCCUCUCAUUAUCUACAACGUGGAAAUGAAAAAUGCUGGAAACUACACCUGCACCCAAACAAUAAACGGGAAAAAGAAAACCUAUGACCAUGAGUUGGAAGUUGUCACUUUUCCUGUAUAUAAAAUUCAAACGACCAUAUUUUAUUCGGUGAAUGACACUUGCUCUCUGAAGGAUGGUGAUUUUUUGUAUUCCUUUUUGCCGAAAAUGAUGGGCCCAAUAUUGUGCGGCGAGUCAGGAAAAUUGUGUACAGUCGAUGUAGCACGACCACGAUGUUUUACGAAGAACGAUGAUAAUUUUUUCAACGUAACUGUCACAGCUACAAUGAAUGACAUUGACAGCAUUUUCCCUGGACUGGAUGAAACAAAAUGUAGCAUCAACUGUAAAUUGAAAGCUUACACAAAUAUGGUAGGACUAGUUUACAAAAACGAAGAAGUUCUGAAGAAGCUGCCCGUUCUCUCCAGGAUCAAUCCUAAUCUACAAUUUUUGACAAAUGUCACUUUCUCCGGUGGAAAGGCGGAGGUAUCCAAACCGCCGAAGAUUAUCACAAGCUGUGAGGGUGGCUAUGGAAUUGAAAAAUUGAAACAGAGAAUAUGCGUUAUUUGUCCCAAGCAUACCUACAGCGGAGAUGACGAAGCAUUUUGCAGGAUCUGUCCAGCAGGUCAGUACCAACCUCAAGCAGGAUCCAAAGCUUGUCUACCUUGUACAUCUCCUGUAGAUGAUUCCAUGUGUCUUCGGAUGCUGGUAAGUUCUUUGUUUUUGGCUCCUACAUAAUUCCUUCCAAAUCCU